AUGUUGAUGCUGCAGCUGAUUCCCGUGGGUCACCUCGGCCUCGUGGAGUUCCUGACACCCCACCGGCAGCCCUCGGUGAUGCGCGAGCCGCACAGUCAUUCACAUAAAACGCGGCGCUGCUGGCGGAAUCCCCGGCUUCUGGGGCGGCGAGUGGCCGGGCCGGCUGCCGAGCGUCCGGGGCGGGAAAGAAGAGUUGAGCGGCCGCACCGGCGCCGGGCUCGCUCGGUCGGUCGGUCGGUCGGCCGGCCGCAGCCUCGCGGGUCGCCCUCCCGUGCCUCGCCAGCGGGCACCCUGGCCGUGGGCACCUACGGGGCGCGCGGCGCGGGACCGCGGGGCGGCGGCAUGAAGGUCACGUCGCUCGACGGGCGCCAGCUGCGCAAGAUGCUCCGCAAGGAGGCGGCGGCGCGCUGCGUGGUGCUCGACUGCCGGCCCUACCUGGCCUUCGCCGCCUCGAGCGUGCGCGGCUCGCUCAACGUCAACCUCAACUCGGUGGUGCUGCGGCGGGCCCGCGGCGGCGCGGUGUCGGCACGCUACGUGCUGCCCGACGAGGCGGCGCGCGCGCGGCUGCUGCAGGAGGGCGGCGGCGGCCCUGAGAAAUCAAUGCUUAACAUCUAUCUUCCUUUUUUUUCCUUUUUUAACCUUGCAGGAGGAUAUGAGACUUUUUACUCAGAAUAUCCUGAGUGUUGUGUGGACGUACAGCCCAUUUCACAAGAGAAGGUUGAAACCGAGAAAGCCCUCAUGAGCCAGUGUGGGAAACCAGUGCUCAGCCUCAGCUACAGGCCAGCCUAUGACCAGGGCGGCCCAGUUGAAAUCCUUCCGUUCCUCUACCUUGGAAGUGCCUACCAUGCAUCCAAGUGCGAGUUCCUCGCCAACCUGCACAUCACGGCCCUGCUGAAUGUCUCCCGACGGAUUUCCGAGUCCUGCACCACCCACCUACACUACAAAUGGAUCCCCGUGGAAGACAGCCACACAGCCGACAUUAGCUCCCACUUUCAAGAAGCAAUAGACUUCAUCGAUUGUGUCAGGGAAAAGGGAGGCAAGGUCCUGGUCCACUGUGAGGCUGGGAUCUCCCGUUCGCCCACCAUCUGCAUGGCUUACCUCAUGAAAGCCAAGCAGUUCCGCCUGAAGGAUGCCUUCGAUUACAUCAAGCAGCGGAGGAGUGUGGUGUCGCCCAACUUUGGCUUCAUGGGCCAGCUCCUGCAGUAUGAGUCUGAGAUCCUGCCUUCCACGCCCCAGGCUCCCUCCUGCCAAGGGGAGGCAGCAAGCUCGUCAUUCAUAGCCCAUUUGCAGACACUGAGCCCUGACCUGCAGGGUUCCUACUGCACCUUCCCUACCUCGGUGCUGGCCCCCGUGCCCACCCACUCGACAGUCUCAGAGCUCGGCAGGAGCCCCAUGGCCACAGCCACAUCCUGCUAAAACCGGGAUCGGGGAACCAGCCCAGCCCCAAGAACAACUGUGAUUCUGCUUUUUUGAAACUCGUGGACAUUUCAUACCUGUGCAAUACUGAAAACCUCACUCUGUCCUGCUGCCCCGGCGGGACAAUGAGCGGUCACCAGGCUUGCAAACGUACUUGAUGCUGACAGCGGGGAUAGGUUUUGGGGACCGAAGGAAGGCCAAGCCAUGAUGAGAGCACAGCGCGUGCCGACUACUGUACUUCCAGACCCCCUGCCCUCUCAGGACCGCCCGGGCCCAGCACCUCCGAGCUCGCCUUUUCAUUUCCAGUGCAAGGCAAUAAAUACCCACAGCAACGUGGGAGAGAGCAGUUGCUAGACCAGGAGAAAAGGCAGUGACGAAGCCAAUUCAUUUUGAAGGAAGCACAAUUCCACCUUACUUUUUUAACUUUGGCAGUCUCCGUAUCUGUCUGUUGCUUCAGGGCAUAAGCUGAUCACCACCCAGUCAGGAAAGCAACCUGUCCAGGGCUUGGAGGGACGCCAUCUAGAUGCUGAUUUGAACCCUCCCAUGUUUCCGAGACUCCCUCUUGGGUCCAGGUGGAGGCGGAUGGUUGAAGUAGCAAGACGUCGACCUCUCUGGGUGUCCUUUCCACUGUGGGUUCUUCCCUGACUUCGGACUUCGCAUGAUUUCUUACUCAUACUUGAACCUUCCUCGUCACCCCUCUCCUCAAAGCAUCUCUUGUGUCGUUUGAAAGGAGUUCUUCAGACCUUCGACCAAAAAUCACCCCUUUCAGGGGGUGGGAGCGGGUGCCAAGAGAAAGAGGGACCCGCCGCGUCUGGGUCAGUGGCAUUGACACGGUCGUCUCCCCAGCUUACUGUCCUUAAUGUGUGCUUGUCUCGUCUCUCGUGACACACGUUAUCUUCCCUGCCCCUGGGGGUUGUCUUCAAGCUGUGGACUUCUGGGGUUUGCAGAUUUUGUAAUGUGGUACUUCUUUUUUGUCUGUAGGUUCUCUCCGGGGGAAAAGGCAAUAAUUUCCUAAAAUCCAUAUGAAUGUGAAGAAAAGCAGUAUGUUACUGGGUGUUGUUGUUGUUGUUGAUGUUGUUUUUUAUAGUGCAAAAUAAAAA